AUGGACGGUUCCGACGACCCAGAGCGGCGGAAAGCCUUGGAGGAUUACAAGCAGAGUCUUCUGGAGUCACGAGAAUGGGAAGCAAAAUUGAAGAAUCUCCGACUGGACAUAAAGGGGCUGCAGAAGGAAUUCGAUGUUACGGAAGAUAACAUCAAAGCUCUCCAAAGUGUUGGCCAGAUCAUCGGCGAGGUCUUGAAGCAGCUUGACGAAGAGAGAUUUAUCGUCAAAGCCUCUUCCGGCCCUAGAUAUGUCGUUGGUUGCCGGUCUAAGGUUGACAAGGCAAAACUAAAGCAAGGAACCCGAGUAGCGCUUGACAUGACGACCCUCACUAUCAUGCGAAUGCUCCCACGCGAGGUCGAUCCGCUCGUUUACAACAUGUCCUUGGAAGAUCCCGGCCAAGUCAGCUUCAGCGGUAUCGGUGGUCUGAAUGAUCAGAUCAGAGAAUUGAGAGAGGUCAUCGAGCUACCGCUCAAGAACCCGGAGCUGUUCAUGCGUGUAGGUAUAAAGCCACCCAAGGGUGUACUACUGUAUGGGCCUCCGGGAACCGGAAAGACACUGCUUGCAAGAGCAGUUGCUAGCUCGUUAGAUACCAAUUUCUUGAAGGUUGUAUCAUCUGCCAUCGUUGAUAAGUACAUUGGUGAAUCUGCGCGUCUUAUCCGUGAAAUGUUCGGCUAUGCCAAAGAACAUGAACCCUGUAUCAUUUUCAUGGACGAAAUUGAUGCUAUCGGAGGUCGAAGGUUCUCUGAGGGAACCUCUGCCGAUCGAGAAAUCCAGCGAACCCUUAUGGAACUUCUCAACCAACUGGAUGGUUUUGACUACCUAGGUAAAACGAAGAUUAUCAUGGCCACCAAUCGGCCGGAUACCCUUGACCCGGCUCUCCUACGAGCAGGUCGCUUAGAUAGGAAAAUCGAGAUUCCCUUGCCAAACGAAGUCGGCCGACUAGAGGUUCUCAAAAUCCAUGCUAGUGGCGUUUCCAUGGAAGGCGAGAUUGACUUUGAGACGAUUGUGAAGAUGAGUGAUGGCCUUAACGGAGCUGAUUUGAGAAACGUGGUAACUGAAGCUGGUCUAUUCGCCAUCAAAGACUACAGAGAUGCUAUCAACCAAGACGACUUUAACAAGGCUGUUAGGAAGGUAGCGGAGUCAAAGAAGCUCGAAGGAAAGCUGGAGUAUCAAAAGCUAUAG